UAUCAGGAUUCUCACGUGUUGCUGGAUGUCGGUCCUCUCAGCGGGAGUAAACAUCCGCAGUUGGUUGAACUUUGGCCAUAAAAAAAUGGCAAUUUUAUGAAGUGGCUGGAUUUCGAUUGUUUUUGUUAACCAGUCGAGGUGCCGCUGGCGGAUGACAGCCUGGGAGGGAGUAUCAGCCACGUCCGGCUGGCAGUGGCUUUUCAGCUUGUUGGCCCAGAGAACAGCGAGGUGAAGCGUCGGGUGUUUGUCUCCUUCUAGUUCCUUUUGCGCGUCGUUAAAUGGGCGCAGAAACUCCACAAGGAAGGCGAGAACAUCUGGGGAGACAUUGCGCAAUCGUGCGCUCUCGUCGCGGCUCUGAAGAAGCUCCUGCAGCUCUGCGUGGACGGACUGAAUUAACUCCAGUGUGAGGAAGACUGUGUUGUAUCUAGUCUCUGCCAUUUGUUUGACGGUUGUUGGCAGCUGAGAGGCGAGGCCUGACUGUUUCAGGUAGCGAACUAAAGCCUUGACCGCCAACAGGGUCUCCGCUACCUCUGGGACCACUUCAGCCAGCUCAUCGGUGUUUAGGGCAUGUCGGAGGACUGUGUUGUACAGGUGAACUUGACAAGCCAGGUGCCUGUAUGGACGGAGAGCAGCCAGCACGCUUGCGUCCUGGUCGCUGACCCAGACAACGUUGUUCAUAACGCAUGCAUCAAGGCCGAGGACUGUGACCAGCUGCUGCUGAAGCGCUUUUCGGAUAUGAUCUCCUGUUCUCGCGUGGUUUGGGAAGCAUGUUGUGAUGGAACCUCAGAUAGGGGAGGAGCCGCCUCCCAGUGGAGGCCAGGCGGACAGCCGUCUAAAGAGCAAGAAACCACCCAGCCUUGUGAUCGCCAUUCCUCCACGUGAGGACACGAUGACGAGUGAUGCAGGCAAACAGCCUCUACGACCGUCUCUGAAAAAGGCUGCAAGCGGUCAAGCUACCGGUUCCAUGUCGGAGAGCGUCACCGGAGCUGAAGAUGGAGAACUUACCGCCAGGGACAGAAGGACGAAGUUUGGCAGACAAACAUCACUUUCACAAAGCAUCCGAAGGAGUACGGCCCAGUGGUUUGGUGUUGGGGAAGACUGUGAGACGAAGCAGCAGCUGUGGCACAGGAAGAGCCUGCGACACUGCAGUCAGCGCUACGGCAAGCUCAAGGCCCAGUACAGAGAGCCGGACACGGCCACAAGUCUGGACCUGAAUCCCGAGUCACCAGCCACCCAGCGGUUACCUAAGAUCGUGGACCCCCUGGCACGAGGACGGGCUUUCCGUUGCCCAGAUGAGGUGGACAGUCGCUCCCCCAGGACGCCCUACACUGCUUCGUGGGUUCCCGUCACACCGGGGGUCACUUCCCUCAGCUCCUUCACCAGUCAGCGCUCUGGGUACGCCCGCCUCCCCAGACGGAAGAGGGAGUCUGUGGCACGCAUGAGCAUCAGAGCUGCGUCCAACCUGCUGAGGGGCCGCAGUGGCUUGGCUGGCUCACAAACCGCCCGCAGUUUCCCCAGGAGGAGCUUUGUCCGGCCCAGCUGGAUGGAUGAGGACACGGUGGACUUUGCAGACACGUCUGCAUCUCUGAUCAUCAACAAGGAUGACGUCCCGUAUGAGAUGUACUCGAUGGCUGAUGACGUCUUUGAAUCUCCUCCCAUGUCGGCCUCUUUUGCUCCUGCUGAGCAGCUUGACCAGAAGUUCCCCAGCCUUAAGGAUGUGUCUCGGGCCCCCAAAACUCCCACCUCGGUGCCUGAAAAGAUCCAUCCCCGUCGAGGGAGGCGCAUCGCUUCCCGUGUGAAGCACUUUGCGUUUGACAAACAGAGGCGCCAGUAUGGAAUGGGUGUUGUAGGAAAGUGGCUGAAUAGACAGUAUCGACACAGCCUCAGCAGCAACAUCCAGAAGCAGCUGGACGACUUCCACAGCCACAGGCCCUACUUUACCUACUGGAUUACUUUUGUCCAUGUAGUCAUCACACUGCUGGCCUGCUGCACGUACGGGUUCGCCCCCGUAGGGUUUUCACAGAACUCCAAAACUGAGCUGGUGCUGAGAAACAGAGGCAUCUAUGAAAGUGUCAAGUUCAUUCAGCAGGAGAACUUCUGGAUCGGUCCCAGCUCUGAGGAUCUGAUUCAUCUGGGGGCCAAAUUUUCCCCUUGCAUCCGUCAGGACCAACAGAUCAUCAGCCUGAUCCAGAAAGCCAAAGACCUGGAGAAGGACUCUGGCUGCUGCAUUCAGAACGACAACUCUGGCUGUGUGCAGACCCUCCGAUCCGGCUGCUCGGAGACGCUGGCCACUUUCCUGAAGUGGGACAAUGAGUAUGUGGACAUCAAGAGGUCUUCUGGCUCCGUCUGCCAUCAGGACCCCAGAGUGUGCGAAGAGCCAGCCUCUGCAGAGCCUCAUGUGUGGCCUGAUAACAUCACCCAGUGGCCGAUCUGCACGUCUCCUAAGAAGUGGAACCUCACAGGCUACAGACACAUGGACUGUGAUAUCAAAGGAAGACCUUGCUGCAUAGGAACUAAGGGCAGAUGUGAGAUCACAACCAGAGAGUAUUGUUCCUUCAUGCAUGGAUACUUCCACGAGGAGGCCACUCUCUGCUCACAGGUCCACUGUCUGGAUGAAGUGUGCGGCUUGUUGCCGUUCCUGAACCCCGAGAUUCCUGAUCAGGUCUACAGACUGUGGCUGUCCCUCUUUCUUCAUGCUGGACUCCUGCACUGUGUGGUCUCAGUAGUGCUCCAGAUGACCAUACUGAGAGACCUGGAGAAGCUGGCUGGUUGGGUCCGCAUCUCCAUUAUUUACAUCUUCAGUGGCAUCACUGGGAACCUGGCCUCUGCCUUGUUCCUGCCCUACAGAGCUGAGGUGGGCCCGGCGGGAUCUCAGUUUGGACUCCUUGCUUGCCUUUUUGUUGAGCUUUUCCAAGGUUGGCAGAUGCUGGAAAAUCCAUGGAAGGCCUUCCUCAAACUGCUAGGCAUCGUCCUCUUCCUCUUCCUGUGCGGCCUUCUGCCGUGGAUCGACAACAUCGCCCACAUCUUUGGCUUCCUCAGUGGCCUGCUCCUCUCCUUUGCCUUCUUACCUUACGUCACCUUUGGGACCUUUGACAAGUACCGCAAACGCAUCCUGAUUGCUGUGUCCUUGCUGGCCUACGUCGGACUCUUCUCCUCCCUCAUCAUUUGGUUUUAUGUCUAUCACAUUAAUUUGCACUGGCUGGAGCAUUUCACCUGCCUCCCCUUCACGAGCAAGUUCUGUGAAAAGUACGACAUCGAUCAUGACAUUAAUGAUGUAGUACACUAGCCUUCAGCCAGCUCUCGGAGAUGAACGCUGCUGGCUCCUCGCCAGAGGUGUAAAUACUGUUGGUUCCGGUUUAGGAUUUGACAAUCAACAUUUUUUUAAGCGUUUUUGUGAAUGAAAGGGAAUUUCUCUACUCAUCAGCAUGCUGGCUCACUAACUCUCGGGUUUUGCACCACCUGGCUGCUGACUAGCGAGUAGAAAAUACUGAGAAAGGGGCAAAAAUGUACAGGUGCUCAGUCAAAGAGGGAGUUGUGAGCCCACCCACCACCUCCACCACCCACAGUCCUUUUCGCUUGAGUCUAGAAGCUGACGGAUGCGUCGGUGAAUCAUGAUGGCACAUCCGAUGCUUCCUACUUCUUGUUUUCAGUAUUUGGACUUAACACUACACACGCACUUACGAUUGCUUUUAUUUCAUCUUUUCUUCUUUUUAGAUGUACUGGAUUAAUUCUAAUCUCUAAACGUCCUCUGAAAGAUAAAAAUGUUGCUGGUAGCACGUCCCGCGCUCCUGGUAAGGUGCAGCUGAAGUAAACGGAAAGCCAGACUCAGCGGUCAUCUGAAACCACUAGCUGCCUUAAACACUAUGCCGUUUCACAGAGAUGCCUCGGUUCUGUUUUCUGAUGAAGUUGUGAAUCAAAGCCAAAUGUACGAUGUCCCGACCCGACCAAAGUAACUCCACGUGCUGCUUUCCUCUGCUCGGACAUUCGUGCCGGUGCUUUUCCUGCACCGCAAACACACAUUUUAGGAGUCUUUUUCUUUUCUAUAAAUGUUUGAUUGAAAGAAGUGUUCUAAGCUUUGCUCAUCAGCCCCGUUAUCGUGAAUAACGACUGUCCACGUUGCUGUUUAUGGCAGGUCCCUGACAAUGUGAUUGUACUAGUAAAGGCCUGAGGAGUGAAA